AUGGCCAAAGAAGGAGCCGCCCCGCCGCCGGCCCCCGCGGCCACCCCGCCCCCGCGCCGGGCCCGCGGGCGCCGCCUCACGCAGCGCGGCGGGGCCGCCUCGCCUCGGCCGGGGGCAACGGAAUCACCGGACGGGCCAGGCCGGGAGGGACCACACUGGGUCAGCUGGUCCAGCCUCCCUGCCCCCCUUUCUGAGGGAAACCACAACCUCUCUAGGCAAUCUGCUCUGCUCGAUCACCUCGGCAGUAAAGAGGUUGCUCGUAUUCAGGUGAACCUUCCCUCACUGUGCACUGUCUCUUGCCCUAUUACUGGUCACCAGGGAGAAGAGGCUGCUCCAUCUUCUCGACACCCAUCCUUUAGACCCGUGCUGCUGCCUCUUUGUUCAUCUGCGCCAAACCUCCGCUGGCAACUGGAAUUCUGCGGGGUCUGCCAGGGGGAUCUGUCGCGUCCCUGUCAUCGCCGUCACCGGGCCCGGGGGCACAUAGCCACCCACGCCGCGACAGUUGGCGCCCAAACGUGGGGCAAUGUGGGGCGUUCCCUUCUUUGCCUUCUAAAACAAACGGGCAAAUAUGUGGGGGCGCCCACCUCACUGAAGGGGAAGAAGGGACAGAAGACAUCGACGACAGCUGCAGACUCCACCCAGACUCUAAGAGGAGCUGAGCGGUAAUUUGGAGGCUCCAGGACCCUCUCGACUUUCUGCAUGGGCAGAGGCCUGAGGGAAAGCUCACCACGAGAAGGUGCUCAAGUUCGCUCGAGGGCAGAGACGAGCACACCAGGAACUAAUAGUGGCCGCGCCCAAGGUUCUGGGGAUGGGCCUUGAAGCACCAGGAACACCCAGGUCCCUGGAGGUGGUGAGCCGAGAGAGAAGAAGUCUCCAGCCUGCCAGUGACUGUCAGACCAGUUUCGGUGCAUCCUGGUGAGAGAGGACAGCCAGACGACACCCGAGCUGCAGGGGUGAGUGAUCUCCCUUCCUUCCUCACCAGAGAGUCCCACUUCCAUCCUUUCACAUUCUGUCAUUUUUUUCCCAAAGUCAGGGCUCUCCCCCUGGAGAACAGGGGCAUCCCUUGAGGGAGGACAGAGUGGGAGGGACGAGAAUGGGACAAAAGAUUUCCAUCAAGAAGCAGCACGCCCAUCUACCUCUUACCCCUCAGACUCCCCAAAACCCUUUCCCAUCCUCCCUUGGAGGUCAGGUGUUACCAACCCUCACAAAUACCCCAAACCCGGGAUGGCACCGGGGAUGGCACCGGGGAUGGCACCCGGGAACAAAUAUCCCAAACCCAGGUUGUCCCCUGGUUGACCGCACUCCUCCAACUGCCCAGCCAGCAGCUGUUCAGGCCUUACUAGGGAACUGCAGUGUGCUGAGCACUCCUUUCCAAGAUGGCGAUGGCCACGCCGCUUGGAGCCCACUUUCCUACCCUGACCCUUCUUUCCUGGCCCCAGCUUUACCGCUGCUCCCCACUCCUUCCUCAAGGGCCACCUCCCACAGAUUGGGUUGUAGGCCAGUCCCCUUUGUGGGAGGGUGGGGUUGUGGCAAACCUUGAUCCUUCUUCCGGUUCCCCCCCCCCCUCGGGGGAGGGACUCCAGUCGGGUCUUCCUGGAGCCCUCCUACAGGGGACCUCCUCUCUUGAAGGGUUGUCCUCCCCCUUUGUGGGGGGCCCCCUCUUGGAGGAGGAGGAACUGGAAACCCGGACCUAGAAACCGCCAUCUUGUCUCCCCCUAAGACGGCGGCGCCUGGAUCCAUUCCCUCACCCACCCCCUUAAUUACCUGUAGCAGUCACCAACUUUGUAGUAAUAUUUCUUGUGAAUUAGACCCAAUUCAGAUAGCAGCCACAACGAAUUAUCAAAUUAAAAGAGAUCAAAAGGAACAAAAACAAAGAGUUUAAUUGUAAAGUGACUGCUCAGGUUUCCUAUCCAUCCUCCUAAUUUUUCCCUACCUGGUAUCCCUUUUAAUUUCAUGUUACUAUGCGUUAGAGAAGCAUCAUGAGUGUGAACUUUGUUGUCGACCUUGCUUAAUCCCAGCCUCUUUGCCCUAAAGUUUUGUUGCGCUGGAUAGAUUGGAGGGAGCAACCCGCAGAAACUUGAAGGCGCAGGGUUGCUACCGUCUCCCUGGCUCCCUCAAGUCUCUCCAGUGCCUUACAGCCUUCCCGGGCUCCCCUUCUGUCUCUUCCUUGCCUUGCAACCUUCCCUAGCUCUCACCCAUUCCCUUGGUACUCCAGAACCUUUUCACAUUUUUUAUAGAGGUUGAGAAUAGUUAACAUUCAUGUGUGCCUCUGAAAUAACGUUGUGUUAUAAAAGACUCUGUCGCUUUUUUUGCCAAGGGCCCCGCAGAAAGGCCACACUUAUGGUAGCCCCCUUUGAACCCUGAGUAUUACCCUUCUUGCAGAGGGCCCUGCAGAAGGGACAUACUCAUGGUAGUGGUAAUAAAGGGGAAACUUAAAGAUAAAAUGACACAUUUUAAAUUUAAUUUAAUUCAAGAUUGAAUAUGUAUGAAAUUUAAUUGAUAGAUAUAUUUUACACCUUAAAAACUUAGGUAUUUCUUUGCCCCCCUACUAAUUCCAAAAAAUAACCCAGUUAUUAAAUUAUAUAUUUUAGAGGAAGAAUUUUACAAUCAAACCAAGGUCUGCCAUGUUAUGAAUUGAAUUCUUUGGGGAAGAAGACCCUGGAACUCAAUGUUCUUCGGCAGAAGAAGAUGAUGGCUGGAAACUCCUGAGUGCAACCAGAAAGUCAAUAUGAAAAUGAAAGUUUAAUUCUUCCUGUCAGUUUUAUAUCUUAUGUUGUAAGAUAUUAUAUAUUCCAAUAUUGUUAACUGCUGUAAGGUUUCUGUUCUGUUACAUUCAUUGUUUUGCAAGUUCAAUCAAACCCAACACCUUUCCCUUAUCUUUUGUAAAAAGAAAGGGGGAGAUGUUGUGGUGUGUUCUUUAUUUGAUAUAUUUUAUUGCUUGAUUUGUGGUUUUUUAAUCACUCUGUGUUUUUCUCCCUGCCUUUGGAGUGGCACAGGUUCCCCAUUUUGUAUCUUAUGUUGCUAAAUUAGACUUGCUUCUUCAUUGUUAUUCACCUCGGUUAACUGUCAGUUCUUGUUUGUUGCCUGGCCACUCCCUGGCAAGUUGUCAAUCCCUCUUGUCCCUACCCUUUUUUCCCCCAAAGCCUUCCCUGUCCCCCCAUUCUUAGGUGUCAAUCCUUCCCUAAGCCUGCCCUUCCCUCCAGAACCUUCUGUGUCAGUUUUGUAUCCUUUGAAACCCCAUUGGUUUGCUUAAGCCUUUCCCCUCCCUUAAGGUCCUCUAUUGUUUUACAGAUUGUAUUGCCCCACUUUGUGUUCCACCCUCAGUCUUCCCCAUUGGUUAAAAAUUGUAUCCUCCCCCAAGACUGCCCCUGUUUUUAAGUUAAUGCCUGCCCUUGGUUCAGGGUCUUGGGACCUUGGAUCUGGGGAGUUUUGUUGCUAAAUAAAGCUACCCAUGUUCCGACCCCAAG